UUUAUUUAUGAAAAAGAAAGUAUAAGUGGAGACGGCAAAGACGAAGAUCGUUUCACUUUCCCUAAAUACCAAAAUCGUAAAGAGGUGCAGAUUCAGAAAAAUGGGAUACGUUCUAAGGGUGAGAUUUGCAGCCUUCUUCGCCGGUGCUGCGGUGGCAUCGGCCGGCGGUCUCUACCUUCUCCACAAGGAUUACCAAACCGCCCAUCAUUCCAUGUCUCAACAGAUGAAUGAUGUCUAUGAAUCUCUAAAUGGACGCAUUUCUGCUUUGGAAAGGCUGAAAGAAGCUGAUGCCGCGAAACACGUGGAAGCUACUGAGUAGAUUGUUUUAAGAGGUUUCCAAUGGAGGCAUCAAAAUAGAUUCCAUAGGUUCUAGUUGUUGUUCUGAUUCCAUUGUGAUGUAUUUCAUGACUUGCUAAAUGAAGUUGAGUUUUUUCUUUUGUUUUGCUAUAUGAUGGGUCAAAAGUCACAUUUUCCCGAGGUGGUAAUGAGAACUUAAAGUCAACUUUGACUCUUUUAAGUUUAUGAACUCUCCUUCCUUAAUAAGAUGAAAGCUUGAAGACUAAUUUUUCA